CCGCCCGCCCGCGCUGCAGGACAUGGCGGCGCCGUGAGGCGGUGGCGCUGCCUGGCCUCCAUUGCCCUUUGCCUCCGCCAUGAGGAACCUGCGGCUGCUGCGGGCCGGCGGGUGCCGCUCCGCCGCCGCCACGGGCACCCCGCAGUGCUUCUGCCUCGGCGCCGAGCCCGGCACGGUUCUCGUGGGCUCCCAGUACGGGCUUGUGGAGCUGCGCUCCGCCGGGGACUCGGUGUCAAGAGAAGUUUCCCUGACUGUGGAUGGGUUCUUGCCUGAGGAUGGAAGUGGCUGCAUCGUGGGUGUCGAAGAUCUUCCAGAGCAGGAGAGUGUGUGUGUUGCUACAGCAGCUGGAGACAUCCUACUGUGCAACCUGAGCACAAAACAGGUGGAAUGUGUUGGAAGUGUGGACAGCGGUCUGAGUGUCAUGAGCUGGAGUCCUGACCAAGAGCUUGUUUUGCUUGCAACAGGUCAGCAAACACUCAUCAUGAUGACAAGGGAUUUUGAACCAAUUACGGAGAAGCAAAUCCACCAAGAUGAGUUUGGAGAAGGAAAGUUUAUUGCUCUUGGCUGGGGUAAAAAGGAGACGCAGUUCCAUGGAUCAGAAGGGAAACAGGCAGCACAUCGCAAACAGACGGAAGUGUUACCUACACCAGCCUGGGAUGAUGGCAGGCCUCGGGUGACGUGGAGAGGAGAUGGGCAGUUCGUUGCAGUGAGUGCUGUCUGUCCAGAGACAGGUGCCCGGAAGGUCCGGGUGUGGAGCAGAGAGCUUGUACUGCAGUCAACAAGUGAGCCUAUCUCCGGAUUAGAACAAGCACUGUCCUGGAAGCCUUCAGGAAACCUGAUAGCAUCUACACAGGAAAAACCCAACAGACAUGAUGUGGUUUUUUUGGAAAAGAAUGGUCUUCUUCAUGGAGAGUUCACCCUCCCUUUCCAGAAAGGGCAGGUCAAAGUUAAUGAAAUGCUUUGGAAUGCAGAUUCUACAAUCCUGGCUAUAUGGCUGGAAGACCUGAAGGUGGAAAACUCCAACACAAACACUUACGUUCAGCUAUGGACCACAGGGAACUAUCACUGGUACCUGAAGCAAAGUCUACACUUUGGUAGCUUGGAGGAAAAUCAGUUGGUGUCACUGCUCUGGGACCGAGAGAACCUGUAUAAACUACAUAUACUCUGCCAGGGCUGGCAUUACCUCUUCUAUGACUGGCAUUGGACCACAGACCAUGGGCUGGGGGAGAACAGUCAACAUAUGGCAAAUGUGGCUGUUAUAGAUGGAGAUAAAGUGCUUGUCACAGCAUUCCAGCAUGCUGUGGUGCCUCCACCCAUGUGUACCUAUGAGCUCCAGCUCCAACAGGCAGUUAAUCAAGUUGCAUUUCACACAGAUCCCAAACAUAGUGGGGAUAUGGCUGUCCUGGAUGCUGACAACAGGAUCUCUGUAUACAGAUACGGACAGAGUACAGUAAAUGACCCUACUGUCAAUUUUGGAGCUGUGGGAGGAAAUGGGUUUAGAGCAGCUGUGGAAACACCAUACCUGGAUAAAACCUACAGAGUUGAUGUGAGCAGUGGCAGCAAUGAAGUGAUGAAUCCUCUGGGGCUCCGAUUUCUCACCUGGCUGCCAGAUGACAGCUUCCUGGUUGUUGGUCAAGGUCAGCAUGCUGCUCAGUCUGUCCUUCACCAUCUGACUGCAGUGCCUCAUGUGGCUGGAGCUGAAGAAGAGUGCCUGAAUUUACGCUUGUCAGUGCCUGUAGAUGGAGAAGUGAUCAGCCUGUACAGCAGCCCAGUGACCAAAACUGUUGCUCUGCAGCUGACUGAUAGACGGAUCCUAAAAUACCUGUGGGAGGCUUCUACUCCAGUCCUUGAGCCAUGGCAGAGCAGCAGUGGCUCUGCUGUUCAGUUCCCCUACCGUUGUGUGCAGAUUUCCAUCACGAGGAUCAGUGAUGAAGAGGUGAUCUUGGGCCUCACAGAUCGAUGCCGGUUUUUUGUUAACGAUAUUGAGGUUGCUUCUAACAUCACAUCAUUCGCAACAUACAACGAGUUUUUGUUGGUGACAACCAACUCCCACACCUGUCAGUGCUUCUGCUUGAAGAACUUAUCAGUGAAAGCCCUCCAGGCUGGCCUGAGCAGUGCUGCUGCACCCAACAGUGAGACCCUGCGCAAGGUGGAGCGAGGCUCACGUAUUGUCACCGUUGUUCCCCAGGACACAAAGGUGGUGCUGCAGAUGCCAAGAGGAAAUUUGGAGACCAUUCAUCACCGUGCUCUGGUUCUUGCCCAGAUUCGGAAGUGGCUGGACAGGCUUAUGUUCAGAGAAGCUUUUCAGUGUAUGAGGAAGCUGCGAAUCAACCUAAAUCUUCUCUAUGACCACAAUCCCAAGGUAUUUCUGGAAAACACAGAAACCUUUAUCAGGCAGAUAGAUUCUGUAAAUUACAUCAACUUGUUUUUCACAGAACUGAAAGAAGAAGAUUUCACAAAGAGUAUGUACCCAUCUCUGAAUGGUAGCAGCAAUACCCAUCCACGCCAGCAUCCUGAUCAGAAAAAAGUAAACCUCAUAUGUGACGUGAUGAGAGCUGCCAUGGAACACAUUGACCCUCAAAAGUACUGCCUAUCGAUACUGACAGCACAUGUAAAAAAGAGUCCUCCAGAACUGGAAAUUGCUCUCCAGAAGGUCCAUGAUCUUCGAGCAGGUUCCACUGCUGGUGGUGUAACAGACCAUAUGCCGCUUUACCUUGUUGCAGAAAGCGUUACCCCAGAUGUCCAAGCUGUGAGUGCAGAAGAAGCACUGAAGUACCUGCUUUUCCUUGUGGAUGUCAAUGAAUUGUAUGAUUAUUCCUUGGGGACGUAUGACUUUGAUUUAGUCAUCAUGGUGGCAGAGAAGUCUCAAAAGGACCCAAAGGAAUACUUACCCUUCUUAAAUGCCCUCCAGAAAAUGGAAACCAAUUAUCAGCGAUACACAAUAGACAGACACUUGAAGAGAUACACAAAAGCUCUUGGCCACCUCAGCAAAUGUGGUCCUGAACACUUCUCUGAAUUUCUGAACUUGGUGAAGGAUCAGAAUCUAUAUUCUGAGGCCUUGAAACUGUACCCUUCUAGCACUCAGGAGUACAAGGAUAUCAGUGAUGCAUAUGGGGAGUACUUGAUUCAGAAGCAGCUGUAUGAACAGGCUGCAUUGAUACUUGCUCGUGCUGGAAUCUUUGCAAAAGCACUUGGUGCUUUUCAGAGCAGUGGCAGCUGGCAGCAAGCCCUGUGCAUGGCAUCACGGCUUGGCUACACAAAGGAUAAGCUGUCCAGCCUGGCACGGAGCAUGGCAGGAAAACUGGUUGAACAGAGAAAGCAUGCAGAGGCAGCCAUACUCCUGGAGCAGUACACUCAGGACUAUGAGGAGGCUGUUCUCCUGCUCUUAGAAGGGGCUCUUUGGGAAGAGGCUUUAAGACUGAUUCACAAGUAUGGUAGACUGGAUAUCUUGGAGACCAACUUGAAACCUGCUAUUUUGGAAGCUCAGAAAAGCCAGCUGAUCUUCCUAGAUUCCCAGAAAACAGCAUUUCUUCGCCAUAAGAGUCGCCUGCAAGUGGUCCGAGAGCUGAAGGAGAAGGCCUGUGAGAACCUGCAGGAUUAUGAAGUGCCAAAUUGCCCAGAAUUGGAGCUUUUCUCUGAAACCAGCAGUGUUGUGACAGCCAGUGACAUGAACAGCAAAUAUUCACACAGCAAUUCAAGAAUAUCAGCGCGAUCCUCAAAGAACCGACGCAAGGCGGAGCGUAAGAGAUACAGCCUGAAGGAGGGGAGUCCUUUUGAGGAUAUUGCCCUUCUGGAAGUCCUGGGAGAGAGUGUUCGUGCUGUUGAGACUGUGAAAGGAGAGAUACACAUCCUUCUGAAGCAGCUUGUGCUCUUUGGUUAUGAUGAGCAAGCUGGGGCACUGCAGCAAGUCCUGGAAGAGGUUUUGCAGUUGAUGGAGACCUCAGUCCCAGAAAUCUGGACUCCAGACCUGCAACAGAGCUCUGUCAGCCUGGUCCUGGGACCCAAUUCAACUGCAAACAGCAUUAUGGCUGCGUAUCAGCAGAAGAGGAUGGUGCCUCCUGCUGUACAAGAUCCAGAAGUACUGACUCCACCAAAGUUCAGUAAAAAUCUACAGUGGAAACUGCAUCUUCUCCAGUAACUGAAAGCCAAGGAAUCCUUGUGGACUCUGAACUCCAACUUUUCAUAUAAUUUCAUUAUAUCUUUACAGAAGCUGUUGUUGUUCUGGUGUUUCUGAUACACUGUUCUUAGGGCUGUGCUAGUGAAGGGUCCCUCCACCUCAUGCAUCUGUGACUGUGACCUGUGACUGUGACAAGCUUACAAGCACAGCCACUCACGUCCCAUUGCAGAAGUGUCUUGUGAGGCUGGGGAACAAAAGGGUGUGUGGCUCUGAAAGCUCCUGCUACUUUCCCCCCUUCUGGAUGAAGCAAUCCCACCAGUAUUGGAUGGGUUAUCUUCUCUGCCAUCACUCCCUCCCAGAGUUGUUACCUGCCACGAUGACAGGCCACAUUUUAAGCACUUCAGCCUGUUUUAGAGAACUCACCUGUAAGAUUGUACGAAUAGCAAAUUGCUGUAGUUGCUAAACAAAUUUUGUGUUUUCUCUGCUGAAGCUGGAUGUUGCUGAUACCAGAUUUUCAUCAUUGCUUUGUUACUUCAGAAUGAAUCCUUCAGUGCCAGCAGCCAUUGCUGUCCUGAAACUGGGCCCAUUCACACCACGGAGGUCUUGGACAGAGAAAAACAUUAAUAAAUGCAGGGCGGAGGUGCUGGUGUCACACUCUGCUGGGUAAUACUACUCUAAUUAUCUGAGUUCAAAGAUCAACUAAUGCUGCUCUAUGGCACUGACAGAUCAGCAGCUGUACCCUGAUAAUGCUGUGCACUAUUGCAGAGCUGUCAUCUGGAAACUGGUCUCAUACUGAGAAUUAGGUUUUACCCCAGAAUACUUCUGCAAUCUGAUGCGAGAACAGCAGCAGUUCUGGGAGCAGAGGAAGGUGACAAGGCUGGAAACCCUUUCAGCAUCGCCUUCUUGGUUAAUUUUGGCCCAGCAGCUGCAGUGUUCAGUGCCGGCCAUUUCCGAUGGGUGCUGCAGAAAAACAACAUACAAACAAGGUGCUUCCUGUCUGUUGGAGGCGUUUAAUAGCACAACAGCAAGCUGUGUUCUGACUGCACAGCAUGUGUGUGUCCAGUGCUGCAGAUUGCUGUUUUUGUGUGACAAGAGCUCCAUCAGAUUGGGGUGGCCAUUUGGUCUUGCACCAGAUGUGUUGUGCUGGCUUGGGCUUGCUGGAGUGGAGUGGUAGAAGUCCUUUGUCAGUGUGAAGCAUUGGAGCAGAUCUCGUUUCCAGCUGUUCUGGGUUACAUGGCCUGUUCUGGAUGGCGUGGGGAUGGCUUAAGCCUGUUGUCAGGUACUGUGACUACACUGGAAAGAGAUUCUCCAAGAGUAAAUAAAGUCUUUUGAGACGGCAAAACACAUGAAAGACUUUACAGGGUAAGAGUGUUUCACAGGAUCUUGGUCUUCAAAAGGGUAGCAGAGCAUAGUCCAUGGUGAAAUACAGAAGCCAUCUACCAGAUCUGGAGAAAGGGUUGAUGAGGGAGUCUGUGCUCCUCUACAGAAUGCUCUGGUCCUGCAACUGAAAUGUGACACUGACACCAGUAAUUCUUAACAUUCCUAAAUCUGAUGCCAGGAAAUGCUGAGGUCUUGCACAACCUAAUCUAUUGUCUAGAAAGAGAACACAAGAGAAGGUAAAAUUGCUGCUGGCUUACUGAGGAUUCAUGUUUGUGCCUACAUAUGUGUAUGAUUUCUUCUGCUUUUGCUUUUCCAUUGUGGUGAUGGUGAAAGUCAAAGACCCUUUUGUCUUAGGCAUACUUUCUCGUUCUGCCACCACGGCAAAACCCCUUUAAAUCUGCCAUCCAAGUGAAAGACCCAUCUUCUAAAUCAUUCAUCACUGAGCUCUUGUCUUCCCCUACACCUUUCCCUCCCAACUGAACUUCAAGUAAGGAGCAGUAAAGCUGGGAGCAGCACCUAGUGUCUGUGAGCCUCAAGGGGGGGAUGUCCUGCUUACAACUUCUGCCAUUGCUGAACCUUAGUUUCUUCUCAGCAGCAGCUCAGAGUCUGCUUUCCCUUGAUUUCUGCUGGCAUGUUCUUUUGCUUUCUUAGUGAUGCAUGUAAUCUUGAAAUGUACUCAGCUUUAGUUACUGUCAUUACAGACAUACUGAAUUUGCUCUUAAAAAUUCUGUGGAGGCUCCUACAAACAGGUGGAGUUACCAGGAGUGGAAGUAAGACAUUAAUGCAGAAAUACGGAGUUAACUUUAAAAAUGUCUCAACCUCUGAGCAAAUGUGGCUGUAUGGAAGCCUGUUUCUCUUGUUAGAUAUUUUUCACCUGUCUGCUGAUUAGCUUCAUUAAACACAAAAGGAAAAGAAAUCCA